CCUGAAUGCCUGAAAACCUGGAACUGAGAGACCUGAGGUAACCUACAACCUACAGCUAGUGGCUCUGGUGGCUCGGCAGCUCCGUUUCGAAAUAUAAAUUUUAUUUCUCGUAAGAAAAAUUGAGAUUGCUGUCCGAUAGUUAAAAAAUCCGAGAAGAAAACAUGGCCGUGGUGGUAGAAACCACCAUAGGAGAUUUCACGGUGGAUCUCUACACCGAGGAGCGUCCUCAAACCACACGGAAUUUUCUAAAACUGUGCAAACUCAAGUACUACAACUGGAACCUCUUUCACUCGGUGCAGACCAACUUUAUCGCACAGACCGGCGAUCCCACUGGCACCGGGAAAGGCGGAGAGAGCGUGUACGGACGUGUACUGGGUGAAAAGGCUCGUUACUACGAGGCCGAGCAGAUGCCGAAGAUCAAACAUAGCCGUAUAGGUCUGCUGUCCAUGGUGAAUUGCGGGAACAACAUGCUGGGCUCCCAGUUCUUCAUCACGCUGGGAUCAGAGCUGCAGUCCUUGGACAACCAACACUGUGUGUUCGGAGAGAUCACAGAGGGAUUGGAGGUGAUUCUCAAGUUUAACGAAACCAUCUGCGAUGGAGAUCAAAGACCGUAUCAAGAUAUAAGGAUAUCUCACACCGUUAUCUUGGAGGAUCCGUUUGACGAUCCUGUAGGAUUCGUGAUUCCCGACAGAAGCCCGGAACCUACGAAGGAAGCUCUAAUGAGCGAUAGAAUUGGGGCAGAUGAAGCAAUCGACGAUACUGGCGGUAUGACCGCGGAAGAGAUUAUGGAAAUACAGAAGAAAAAGGAAGCAAAAGCGAGAGCCACAAUAUUGGAGAUUGUAGGAGAUAUACCGGAUGCGGAUAUUGCCCCGCCGGAAAACGUGUUGUUUGUCUGCAAGUUAAAUCCGGUCACGAACGACGACGAUCUCGAAAUUAUCUUUAGUCGAUUCGGGAAAAUUGUUGGCUGCGAAGUUAUAAGAGAUCACCAAACGGGCGACUCCUUGCAGUACGCGUUCAUCGAAUUCGCCGAUCGCAAAAGCUGCGAGGACGCAUACUUCAAGAUGGACAACGUUCUGAUCGACGACCGAAGAAUACACGUGGACUUUUCGCAAUCGGUCGCCAAGAUGCGUUGGCGUGGCAAGGGAAAAGGUAUCCGAUAUUUCGACGAGGAGGACAAGACGAAGAAACGCGAUGAGAAUUACUCCUCCUCAAAGAAACCUGAAGCAUCGCGCGAUAAGGAUUAUGACAAAAUAGAGAAUAAAAAUAGAGAGGAAGGAAGAAGAAGGGAGAGCGAUAAAGAUCGCGUCUCCGAACACAGAAAGCACGAGCGCCGAAGAGAAGACAGAGAUACUAGAGACAGGAGAAAAGAAGACAGAUCGCAUGAUGAUCAUCAUGAGAGAAAUAAGUACGACAGCGAACGAAAAGAUAGAAGAAGAAGAGAAGAACGACGGGAUAGGAACAGUGAUCAGAGAAGGGGCCACAGCGAAGAGAGGUCGGAAAGAAGAAGCAAGAAAGAUGAAAACAACGACCGAAGAAGAGAUCAGAGCGAAGAGAGAUCGGAAAGAAGAGGUAGAAAGGACGAACACAGCGAUCGAGAACGUCGGCAUCGUGAUAACGAGAGGAAAAGGCCCACGGAGGAUGAGGAUGAUACGAGACACAGGGACAGGUCGCACAAGCAUAAAAGAAAACGGUGAAAAAGAAAAGGAAGCAAGAGAUGGAAGAACUGAAGAUGCUUUGAGUGUAAAAUAUAGCUAAAUGGAGGUUUACUGCCGAUUUCCUUUCUAUUGUGACAUCAAAAUGAAUAAACGCACAGUUUACAAGA